CUAGGUAGCGGAAGUUCUCCUCUCCACACAUCCGCCGUGCAGGAGAAGAGAUCGGCGGUGUUCCCGGAUCGGGGGCCCCCCGGCCAUGAACCGGAGCCCGGCGGCGGCGGCGGAGGGGGGGUUGCCGGCUGUACAGUUUUCAGGUACGGCCACAGUCCUGGUGGAGAUCACAGCGGACAUUCACAUCUGUGGGCUCUGCAAGACUCAGUUCAAUAAUUUGGAUGCUUUCGUGACCCACAAGCAGACCGGCUGCCAGCUCACCAACGCCGCCACCGGAGCCACAAGUACCGUCCAGUUUGUGUCGGGAGAUUCGGUGACGCCGUCGCAGUCUGCGGCUCGCACCAUCACUUCUGAGACUCAGACCAUCACCGUCUCUGCUCCGGAAUUUGUUUUUGAACAUGGCUAUCAAACCUUUCUGCCUAGUGACAGCUCGGUGACGCCGGCUACUGGUGGGGCCACCACCAUCGCUACAAAAAGCCGAUCCAAAAGAUUAUCUGCUGCCUCUCCUCAGAAGAAGCAGAGCUGCACCUAUACAGGAUGUCAGUUCAAGACUGCUUAUGGCAUGAAAGACAUGGAACGGCACAUGAGGACCCACACAGGUGACAAGCCACACAGGUGUGACAGAUGUGGGAAGUGUUUCAGCCGGAAGGACAAGCUAAAGACGCACAUCCGCUCACAUACGGGAGAAAAGCCCUACAAGUGUAAAGAAUGUGACUACAGUGCAGCGGACAGUAGCAGCCUCUGCAAACACAUGCGCAUUCACACAGACGAGCGCCCCUUCAAAUGCCAGAUCUGCCCAUAUGCCAGCCGCAACUCCAGUCAGCUGACCGUUCAUCUCCGUUCACACACAGGUGAUGCCCCCUUCCAAUGCAUGCUCUGCAGCUCCAAGUUCAAAAUCAACUCGGACCUGAGAAGACACAUGCGCGUUCACACGGGGGAGAAACCCUACCGCUGCGAGUUCUGCGACUUCUUCUGUGCCAUGAAGGGAAAUCUGAAGUCCCACAUACGGAUGAAACACAAUUCAGAAUGCACGUUCAAGUGUACGCAGUGUGACUUUCAGUGCAGCAGCAAGGGAGACCUGCGCCAACACUUGCGCACCCAUCUGCCGGAGCUGCCGGUCAAGUGCUUGGAAUGCAGCUACACCUGUGCCAACAGGGCGGCGCUCAAAGUCCACGAGCGCAUCCACUCCCAGGACCGACCGUUCAAAUGCCACCUUUGCCAGUUUGACACUAAACAGCGCAGCAACCUGACCACGCACAUUAAAAAAGUUCACAGCGACGAGGUGAACUGCAAGUUCGACGUUCAGAAAGCGGACGGGAACUUUCCCAGGCAGUUGGGAUCUCGGAAAAGUAACAAAGUGGACGCAAAGAAAACUUUCAGGUGUGACCUCUGUGAGGCUUCAUUUGUUAGGGAGGACUCCUUGCGGAGUCAUAAGAGACAGCACAACGAGAUCAUGCUUCACAAAGCUCAAGAGUUGACCAUGUUGCAGCUUUCGGUCGACGAGUCCGGACAAAGUGACAUUGACAAAUCCGGCAAAGACGACACCGUGGCGGCAUUUAUUGUAGAAAAGAUGGAAGUAGAUGACGGGGAAGAACGUUCUGGGGCUUCCUUGACCAAUGCAGACCCCUCUAGUGGAGAAAGAAACGGGCAAGAGUCAAUGACCACUGACCAGCUCCAUAUGUUAAGUCAUGUCAAGUUAAUGGCCUCGCCUCAGUCUCUAGGGUCACAGGUCAUUGUGUGCGAGACGGUUGUGCCAAGUUCUCCGGCACAGGAUAGCGAGGACUCCAUACAGGAGGUGCUUAUAGACAAUGGUGAAGAAAGCGACCCAGAAUCCCCGGAGAACCCAACCUUCAUCUCUGAGUCGGGUAUGAGCUCUUCUGACCUCGAUGGCCUCAAUGCCUUAAUCCAAGAGGAGACCACUGUAGUGAUUGUGGACAGUGAAGGAGGAGAUAACCCGGGGGCCUCCACCCCUAUUUAUACCACGUCACCCCAAGCUGGUUCUCCAAAGCAAAGUUACACGCUUGAAGAAGGAGAUGCCAGCUCUGAGCUGCUGUGCCCUGCGGACUCAAUACCAGACUGACUUGUGUUAUGCUGCUAAUCUGCGCCACCAUUUUUAUUUUCUAUUUGCAACAGUGUUGUCCAGCAAACUGGUCUUUGUAUGUGAACAAUGACCUCUCUCUCUCGCUCUUUCUUUCUCUUU